UCGCUCCGUACCUCGUACUCGUACCGCCCAAAUCCGUUCUAGUAUCACACCGUUCACAGAUCCUCCUACAGUGUCUUUGAAAAUUUGAGAACGUAACAUAUAUUUGAAUCGGUGCGAACUUUAAUCGAACAAAAUGAGCUCGAAAAUAGGAGAAUCGCUUGAUUUAUCAAAAAAAAUGAAAGAGAUUUUGGAAUGGAGACACGCGAGAAGAAAACAAUUGCGACAUGAAUAUCUGAAGGAAACACUUAAUCCUAUGAAACAGACGAUGCCCGUUGAAACUUCUAUGGAACGUUUUGCUAUGCUGAGACUUCGUCACGAGUAUGUCACAAAAAUGACAGCAAGACAUCAUUUAACCGUAGGUUUUAUAUUUUUUGGAGUACUAAUUGGCUCUUCUGAAUUUUUGAUAGCACAUCGGGCAGAAAGAGAAAAGACGUUUCGUAGUGGUGUGAUAAAAUAUGCUGAUAGAGAACCGAAAUUUCAUUAGAGGUACCUUUACAGUAGCAUAUUUGUCAGUACGUAAAUACAUGUAUAUACAUUAUCUAUUGUCUAUUAUAACACAAUAAAUCAGUUGAACUAAAAAAUGUAUUUUACAAGUUA